AUGGCAACUUCUUUAGAUAGUUUUAACGACCUCAAAGAACUAGGGAUCGAUUGCGAAGAUAACGAUUCUUUAACAGAUACAUUCAACAAAGCUGCUAACCAUCUUCAAAAUCUAUUACCCAACGUGGAUAAUCACACUCUUUUAUCUUUGUAUGGUUACUAUAAACAAGGUUUGCAAGGAUCAUGUAACACACCUAAACCAAGUUGGUAUGACAUGAAAGCAAAGUCCAAAUGGGAAGCUUGGAAUAAAUUAGGAGAUAUGCCCCAAAAUGAAGCUAAGCAAAUUUAUAUUCAAACCAUAAAGAAUUUAGAUCCGUCUUUUAACGUUACCGAAAAAGAAAGUUGGGUUUCUGUUUCUGUACCACAAAAUCCGGAAACUUUCAAAGAAACGAAGGAAAAAACUCUAGUUGAUUUCGUCAAAGAAGGAAAUUAUUUGCAAGUUGCUAAACUGUUACCAAUUUCAAAGGAUUUGAUAAACAAACUUGAUGAAGAAGGAUUGGGUUUGAUCCAUUGGGCAGCAGAUAGAGGAUCGGUUGAUAUUUUGGAAGUUUUGUUCAAGUGUGGCGCUGAUGUCAACCUUCAAGAUUCAGACGGUCAAACUGCUUUACAUUAUGCUUCAAGUUGUGGCCAUUUGGAAUGUAUUAAAGUACUUUUAACAUGCAAUGCAAGACAGGAUAUCGUCGAUGCAGAAGGUUUGAGUCCAGAGGAUGUAGCUAGUGAUGACGCUGUUAAAGAAUUGUUAGUAAAUUUUAAGUAGUCUUUGUUAUAAUAAAUAUGUAGCAAACUAAA